AUGGGACCAAGAACAAGUUCUGCCAGACCCAACGUUGUUUUCCUGAAUAUGCUGUUUUUCGAACCAAGAAAGCGGAUAGUCACUAAAGACGACCUUGCCAAGUGGGAGGCGUCGAAAACCCACGAGGACAUUUUGUCGUUUAUCGUGGAUCUCCAGAACUCAGUGGAGGGCUUGACCAACCAGGCCAAAGUGGAUGAAAGCGAUACGAUAAAGGACUUGGUGGCGAAGUUGGAUGUUGUGAUUGGGUUGGUGGAAAAGCAUCCUGUUGUGAAGGAGAAAGAUAUCUCGAGGUUUGGAAAGAGCGAGUUCUGUGACUUCUAUGAUGAGAUCAAGAGAGAGGGUCCUACUAUAUUGGCUAGUCUUGUGCCAGAGGAUAAGACUGGCGCUGUGGUGGAGCUUUCAAGGUACUUUGGAGAGUCGUGGGGUGAUAGAACACGUAUCGACUACGGGCUGGGCCACGAGUUGAACUUUUUAUGUUUCUUCUAUUGUCUACACAAGCUAGGCGUGAUUACCAAGGACGACUACCCUGCACUUGUGCUUAGGGUGUUUUGCAAAUACAUCAGCAUCAUGAGACAGCUUCAGAAAACGUAUUGGCUUGAGCCUGCGGGCUCGCAUGGUGUUUGGGGUCUUGACGACUACCACUUCUUGCCAUUCUUAUUUGGCGCGUCUCAGCUAGCGCCUCAUCCGCAUAUGAAGCCCAAGUCUAUCCAUAACAAGGAGAUGGUGGAGAGUUUCUGGGAACAGUACAUGUACUUUGAGUGCAUUCACUUCAUCAACUCCAUCAAGACAGUUCCAGGUUGGGAUGGAAACACACAGGCCAGUCUCAGAUGGCACUCGCCAAUGUUGGAUGAUAUUCUGUCUGCCAAGUCAUGGGCUAAGAUUAAAGAGGGCAUGAUUAAAAUGUACAAGGCCGAGGUGCUCGGCAAAUUGCCCAUUAUCCAGCAUUUCAUGUUUGGAAGUAUCAUCCAGUGUCCUGAAGACGUGCCAGAACACUCUGAGGAGGAGUCGGAAAGCGAAUGUGGCCAUGUCCAUAACCACCUAGAUACGAGAAACACUUGGGGAGACUGUUGCGGUAUUAAGAUCCCCAGUGCCAUUGCUGCUUCACAAAUGAUCGAAAGAAACGCAAAGUCCAAGCCUGUGCCUUUUGAUUAA